AUGGGGCCAAGCCGAGCAGAGCCGGUGGCGGCCGAGAUGCGGCGCACCCACAGGCGCCAAGCCCCGGCCCCGGCGCAGCGGCGGGAGGUGGAGGCACGGGCGCAGCAGGAGCUGGCGGUGCAGGCGCAGCUGCCGCGCGGUGCCGCGGCCGAGAUGCGGCACGACCACGGGAGCCAAGCCCCGGGCUCGGCGCGGCGGCGGGAAGCGGCGGCCCGGCCGCAGCCAAGAUGCGGCGCGGCCACGGGCGCCAAGCUCCGGCCCCGGCGCUGCGGCAGGAUACGGAGGCGCGGGCGCAGCCGCCUCGCGGUGCCGCGGCCACGGACGCCAAGCCCCGGCCCCGGCGCGGCGGCGGGACGCGGAGGCAGGGGGCAGCAGUAG